UCUGUUGUGGCUGUAUAUUUGACCAAGAUGACGACAACCUGGCCGAGCAUCCCCUACGUUAACACCUCCACCAACUAUACAGACAAACACGGCUAUGACGACCCCGCUCGCUUCGCCUCCCUCCACGCAAAAUACAUCACGAUUUCCGUUUCCGGAAUCAUCUUCAACGUCCUGCUCGUCCUUCUUAUUUUACUCUCCAAGACACUUCGGACCACGCCCCUUUUCUGGAACAUUCUCAACCUGUGUUUAUACGAUAGCGUGAUGGUGAUGUUUGUCAUUCCCUUCGGACUGGACUAUGAGCUGAACUGGUCGUGGAGUUAUGGAGAUUGGAUGUGUAAAAUGUGGUUUGCUGCUGAUUUUUGGCACAUGUUGAUGGCGGGAAUUGCGCUCACCUGUAUCUGUGCAGACAGAAUUUUUGCUUCGAUUCAAACUGUCAUGUCGAUAAGAGUAAAAACAUUAAGAUUAAAAUCAAUAUUUCUUGUUAUGUUUCCGUGGAUUUUCCUUGUGACUGUGUGUAUCCCCAUGUUUGUGGCUUUUGAGGACAAAGAAAGUCAGAAUCCUUCAACAUUUUGUUUCUUUCAAUUCCAUGAAAAACACAUGAUAACACUGGCAUGCAUUUCUUUGGCUCUACCAAACAUCCUCUUGAUUAUCGCCGUUACUAUCAUGUUGUCCACGCACAUUCUCAGGGGAGGUAACUGGAGAAAGAUACCAUCUAACCGCGCAUACGCAGACGAGGCCCGUCUCAAGUUGUCAGUUAUCGCAGUAUGGGUUGCAGCUUCUAUCAACCUGUUGUGUUGGCUACCAGUUACAUGUGUCGUUUUCUUCAGUAUAAUAUUUGAGUCAAAGUGUAAAGGUUUCACAUGGGACGAAUAUACGAAUGUGUACUUGUUGCAGGUGACAUCGUCCUCGAUUACGCCAUGUCUAUGGAUCAUUCUCCCGGAAGUGCGUCAAGAGGUUGCGAUAUGGCGCCGUUUUGUGUCAAAGAUUAUGCAUUUAAGGAGUAAAACUUCCGACAGUUUGGUGCCGUCCUAUCAAUCAGACACAUAUGACGACGAAACCGAAAUUCAAGAUAACACCAAUUAGUUUAAAUUAAUUGACAAUCCCAAGAAGGUUCAUAUGUCAUAUAUACAUAUAUCUAGAGAACAUCUUUUGUAACAAAUGUACAAUACUACUAGUGUUGUAUAUCUUCCGAUCCCCGCUCUAAAUGUUAGAAAGGUACCAGAGUGGUAUUUGUCCUGCUCCAAAUCAAACACACGAUACUAAAAUGUUGGGCUGGUAAACAAGACAAGAUUAUAUUGAUCUUUUGUAGAACACAGUUUAUUUCCUACUUAUUUCGAAAACAAUCUACGAAAACGAACGCCUUCCAACAAUACAAAACGUAGCGGUUUGAAGAUUGGCGACCUACGAUGUCGCGCUCCCUAAUCAAGGACAUUCCUCCACGAUAAGGUACCUAAAUGAGGGCUAAAAUUUACAAGUGAUCAGCUUUAUGAACACUCAAAAUCUAUUAAAAUCGAACAAUACAAUUUUUUGGAAGUAUUGUAAAAUAAAUUCCUGAAAUAAUGCUCCAAAAUUCUGUAUAGUGAUGUACGAUAUACAUCUGUAUAGUAAUAUACAUGUAAAUAUGUAUAUAAAUAAAAUAAAAAGUAGAGAGAAGUCUUGAAAAUAACUUUUACUUCUUAGGAAUUUACAGCACAAAACAAAAAUCACUCAAAAAUGUUUGUUUUUUUCCGGGCUGUUUUGUAUUUGAUUAACAACACACGUAUCUCAGAGCCAUCUGGUAGGUCUCAGCUCACCUGCUAGUAAAUACUUGUAAACAUUGACACUUGAAAUCUGCUAAUGCAUACUUCGGAAUGUUCCUGGGUUUUUUUAACGGUGCAGGCUAUCGUUUCUGGGAUAGUUCACCUAUACUGAACUAUGUAAGCAACUAUUACAGAUGGCCUGGCAGGUUAUUGCAAAUAGUAUGUAGCUAAAUAUUCCAUAUAAGGUAACAAAAUGUUUAAGAGCUGCCAACUCAACUAAAAACAUACAUGAGUAUCAUCCCCUUUCAACUUCUACAUACCCAUGUAUCUAUCGAACAGUAUGAACAAACCCAAGGUGCUAAUAUACACCAAAACUCACAAACCGAGGGUGGUACUAUACACAGAAACUAACAAACCGAGGGUGGUACUAUACACAGAAACAAACAAACCGA